CUCAUCCUUCUCCUCCAACUGAGCCUCCUUCUUCAAGGACUGUCCUCCCAAGAAAGAAGAAAACAUCAGCUGUUUCAGUCCCGAAGCGACAUGUUUAACCUCCUGGUGGCUGCAGGACUCACGACUCUUGACCUUUUAGUGCCAAGGAGGAGGUCCAUGUCACAUCACAUUACAACACCUAAAGACAGUCCAAGGUUACAGCCUGUCCAGCUUCUUCAGCGUGUCCUGUGAUGGACUGACAGCCUGUCAAGGAAGCUCAGCAAUGUCAGCAAGGAUAAACUCAGCUCAGCAAAUGAAGAUGGAGUCAGCAGCCGAGGUUCAGCAGGGGGCGGAGACUGCUGUGACGGAGACGGAGAGCCAGCAGAUCACUCCGGCACAGAUCGCUACCUUAGCACAGGUAUCCAUGGCAACAGGACACGCCUCAGCAACGGGUCCCACGGUAACGCUGGUACAGCUUCCCAACGGGCAGACGGUUCAGGUCCACGGCGUCAUCCAGGCCGCUCAGCCGUCUGUCAUCCAGUCCCCACAGGUCCAGGCUGUACAGAUUUCCACCAUAGCAGAAAGCGAAGAUUCACAGGAGUCGGUGGAUAGUGUGACAGACUCUCAGAAGCGCAGAGAGAUUCUAUCACGACGCCCCUCUUACAGGAAAAUCCUCAACGACCUCUCAUCUGACGCUCCGGCCGUCCCUCGUAUCGAGGAGGAAAAGGCCGAGGAGGACUCAUCGGCUGCUGCUGCCACACCGGCCAUCACCACGGUUACCGUCCCCACGCCCAUCUACCAGACCAGCAGCGGCCAGUACAUUGCGAUCACCCAAGGAGGAGCCAUCCAGCUGGCUAAUAACGGUACCGAUGGAGUCCAGGGCCUCCAGACUCUGACGAUGACCAACGCAGCAGCAGCCCAGCCUGGAGCCACCAUCCUGCAGUACGCACAGACCAGCGACGGCCAGCAGAUACUGGUUCCCAGCAACCAGGUGGUGGUCCAGGCCACCUCCGGUGAUGUCCAAGCCUAUCAGAUCCGAGCAGCCCCUGCUAGCACCAUCGCCCCCGGGGUAGUCAUGGCCUCUUCACCCGCCCUCCCAACGCAGGGCGCCACGGAGGAGGUCACCAGAAAACGGGAGGUCCGCCUCAUGAAAAACAGAGAGGCGGCCCGUGAAUGUCGCAGGAAGAAGAAGGAGUACGUUAAAUGUUUGGAGAACCGAGUGGCCGUACUGGAGAACCAAAACAAGACGCUAAUUGAAGAACUCAAAGCCCUUAAAGACCUUUACUGCCAUAAAUCAGAGUAAUUCCACACCUGAACACUAAAACUGGGCCAAGUAGCAUUUCAGUUCCUUUCAGCAUACCUUUGGUUUUUCCUGCCUGACGUCCUUGUCUGCUCGCGGCUAGCGAUGGUAUUUUCUUGUUUAUUUUUGGGGGUACGAAUUAACCCAAUCCCGUUGUGCUUACCAAACCUUCUCUGCAGUAAGUGAUCAGUAAAAUAUACUUAGAUUACUCAGACAGGGUUUCCGGCUGUGUGCCUAGCUAGCUAAGGCUGCGUGAGCUUAUGCUAGUUGGAAGUUAGCGUGUUCAACAGACUGUUAUACGGUGAGCCGCCAACCGAGCCGCCUCACUGUCACUAAAAACAUCUUUCACAACGCUGAGGUCCAGUGGAACGCUGGUGGAAACCCUGGCAGAGUUGUGUUCUGUCAUGCAGGACUGUUGAUAAACAUGGAAACUGAAACUUUCUAUUCUAAAACCGCUUCAGUACACAUUAGAAGGAUUCAGUCGGCUGCUGUUGCUUCACACGCUUCUCUCUGCUUCUUAUUGUCAUAGUUCUGGCCUGUAUCGGUUUGCAGCUCAUUGUUCUCAUCGAGGUUGAGAUAUUCCAGGAAAUAAUAUCCUUAUUUGUGCUUCGGACAUCAGAAGGAACCCCUAGAUGGAUUCUUUUUGUUGUCGUAGUCGAGUCAAACCAGUUUUUGUUGAAUUUCCAGACCCACCCGCACAUUGGGUUGGUUCAUAGGAACAAACUUUUGUCACCUCUGCUCAGAACCAAGUGUUUUUGGUUGCAUUAUCAUUUGCGGAAAGCUGUUUAACCCUCUGAACUAUGUGCUCCUGUCACAUUUCUACUCACUGUGGACUCAUUUUUCACUGCAGUUGUUGUGAAGCAUGGAGGUAUGGGAUCCCAAAACCAGCCAUUUAUAUCACAGUGUUCCCUUAUUUAGCUGUUGUUCUGUCAGAGUCUCCCCUUUGUGGCUGAUUCUGGGAUCUCAUAUCUCCAUGCUUCACAACACAGUUUAAAGUCCUGCACCUCUAUGGAAACAGAACAACCAUGGCUAGAAGGAGGGAGAACUUAAAAAUAGGCACAGUUAAAAAGAAAAUCACAGAAGUAUUCAGCAUGUACAGCGUUUAUUUGAAGUGCCCACAUAUUACCGAAACUGAAAACAAGAAUGGCGCUACAUGCUAAACAUGUUUACUUUAUUUACAUACUUGCCUGCUCUGUGGAAACACAUCCUGCAGUUCAGACGAGAAGUCCCUGAAUUUUAGUCACGUGACCGUUGACCGCUGAUUGCUUCACAGUUUAAUGAAGGAGACCAGAAUUUUUAGAGUUUUAUCGAAUCCGUUUAGUGCUGAAUCCGUGUAUUUUUGGUAGUUUUUUUAAUUCGAUGUGCUUUGAUGAAAUAUCAUAAUUUUAAGCUUAGAUUUGGUUAAUUUUCCCACCAAAAUCAAAACUCAUACGUAAAAUAAAGGACUGUUUUGGGGUUUUGGGCUUCAGAGGGUUAAAAUUCAGGCCAACAGCUGUUUUGUCCUAAAUGUCCUAAUGUGGGAUUCUAGACUCGGUUUGUUGUCAUUUAUGGAGAUGAGUUCAAUGUUGAGCCGUUUACUGGCCAAGACUUAGACAAAAAGACCCAGAUUGUAUAAAAACUUGAUUUUCUUUUAUUAUGAAUACAGUUUAAUACACUAAACUUGUGAUUCUGUUUGAUAAACUUGCCUGGUACGCUCCGUGGUACGUUUUACUGAAAAUACUUUAUCCAGAAAUCGCUCCGUCUCUGAGUCAGACGAGCUCAGUCGGGUGCAGUCAAAGGCUCUGAAUGAAUCUCUGCUUGCUCCACUUCCCAAUGCCGACUACCUUGUACAUGGAACUCGACAGCUAAUUGGGCUCAAACAAGUCGUUUCUUUUCUAAGUGUUUCUUAAGAUGCUGCCAACUGCCGACCGUGACGGACGUGGAGAUGUGUUUGUGUGUCAGCAGACGAUGGAUUUCCACAUUCUGCGACGUCACACUUUUCUGUUCGUUCAUGUUUUUCUCAUUUUUCACAACCUGGAGUCUCAUUUUUACAGUUCUGGCCAACAUUCCUGGUAGUUAAAGACGCGUUUAUUCCAAAGAUGACAUUUUUUGUUGCUGCAUAUAAGUUUAUUUGGAAGCAAAAGUAAAUGUUAAAGAAUUACACCCAGAUUAAACAAAGCUUGGCAAAGCUGCUCAAAAAUUCCAUUUAAGGUUUAUAUAAUUGCACCACAUUUAACUGGGUGACUAAGACACAGCCCUGGAACAGAAAAUGGCGUCUAAAGUUUUAAAAGCAAGAUCCGGGUUGCAGAAAAAAAUCCAUGUUCAUUGAGACAUUUUAACUCCAGACGUAGGUGUUUUUUACAUCUUCUCAUUAGUGUGCCAUGAAAAAAGUGUUUUUUAUCCACGACGUUAAAUUUUUCUGUGCUUCCAAGCGUUAUUUGUGUCUAUUAAAUGGUGGUUUGUGACGACAGAGGAUUUUUUAUUAUGUAGCAAAUUGGAUUCUUUCAAAUCUACUAAAGAUAUUUGCUACGGUGAAUUUACCAGUAAUAAUCCAUAAAGACAUGCGUUGUGUUAAGAAGAGGUCGCUUUUUGUGGGACUGUGUGUGGUUUUUGAGGAGAUACGUGUAUGUAUUUGUGGGUUUAUUUUUUUAUAUUUCUGUACAUAGACUCUACAGCAUGUGUAGACCUCAUGUAUUUCUGUUUAUUUGAUAUGAAAAAUGUUCCUAUGGCUUGUAUAAAAACCGAGUUUGCAUAUUUGUACCAUACAUGCGUGUGUAAUUGGAGGUGUGUGUGUGUGUUCAUGUUGGCCUACCAUUGUAAUGGCAGCUAGUGUUUGAGAAAAGGCCUUCGUUGGAGACGUUCUGUUUAGGAUCGGUGGUGUUUGUUUGUAGAGAAGAAGAAGAAGGAGGAGUCUGUUGGGGUUCACUACAUCUGUCAGUUUCACAGGAAAACAUCAUAGUUUAUGUUCUGACUUGUAAAUGUACUUUUAUCUUUUAUCUAUUGGCUCCAGUAGUUACUGUUUUUUAUAUGUCAUCAAAUGAAAGCACAAUUUGUGUUUCCACCGGAGCCCCUUUUUAUUCUUCUUUAACUGCAUUUAUUUUACUACAAAGCUACUUUAGAUUUUUUUAUUUGCUGUUGACAUGUCAGUAAAUCAAUCAUUUUCAACUUAAUUGUGCCAUUUAGGGGGUAAAAUAUACUGUUUGUGAUUUUUUUUUUUUUUUAAAUGGAAGCCUAAAAUCCCUACAUUUCCCUGUUUAUGCUGGACGACUCAAGAUUGGAUUUUAAUCAGCUGCUGUUGGUAGUUUGGUCCACUUGGGAGCUUUUCCAGAGCUUUAAAUGCAUCUCAGUCUUCAUUAGCAGAUGGAAUUAACUCGCAGGUGGAAGACGUGAAAUUGCACCUCUCAUCUCUCUUUGGUUUGUUUGUUAAAACACCCCAGAAGCUAUUAGAUGGACUCUGAGUAAGCAUUAUUCUGACUGUUUCUCAUUUCUCUUAGGUUUUGAAGCUGAGGAGAAAUUUGGAGGCAGUUUUUUGCUCCCAACAGUCAGACUAGAUGCACAUGUCCACCCUGUUCUGGGCUUGUUUUAUCACAGAGGGGUUGAAAGAUGUAUGUUCAUUUUUGUGUUGCAUUUCAGGAGACAAACUAGAGAGAAAAGGGUACAUUUGAUGGUCAGUAUUUAGUAAUACCUGUGUGGUCAGUGCCAGGGCUUGGUAAAAGUUUUAGAUACCGGUGCCAUUAAGAUAUCUAAGAUGAAGUGUAUUCUGAAUAAAAGUCAUUUCUGCCCCUUGUAAUUCACACAUCCAGUGCUGGUGCUGAAAAAAAGUAAAUCUAGUAAUAAUCUUUUUCUCUGUUUAAUUUGAUGGUGAACUCAACUUUGUGAUGUGAUUCCACGACAUCUUUCCAACAAUCGCAAACGGUGUUUUUUGAUUUCUGUGCCAGAUUAGUUUGUAAACCGUGGGCCUCAUUUGUGCAUGCAACAGAUCGAUAUCCUUCUGUGUAAAAGUAUAUAUAAACAUAUGAUUCCUAGAACAGUAAUAAUAUGACAUGUUUUCUAACUUUUACUGUGAUCAGUUUGUAUAUUGCCACUUUUACAAGUAAUCAAUUUUAAAUGCCAUGUAUUGUAUAGAGUCUUUAGAGACGAGGUCACCAGAUGAGGCGGUAUAUUCUGUUGUUCACAUGAUAAAAGUGUACCAGCCCAUAAUUUCAAAGUGCUGUUACUCUGAUGUUACAUCACUCUUUUGUAAACACUUGCUAUGUCACAAUAAACUGCUCUUGAAGAUUGUUAUGGA